AAUUAAUCAUCAGUUGACGUUGACAGUUCGCUUGGCGCGCUUUUCCGCGCGCCAUCUUUGUUAUAAGUUUUUUUUUUAAAACUUAGUUUGGAAAAAUGUGUGGCAUUGUGUAAAAAAUUUUGAGUGAUCGUUUUAAUUUUAAUUGAAUAUUAGUGUUUGUGUCACAAUGAAGAUUACCGGGAAAGUUGCUUGCCGCAAAGAGAACAGGCCGCAUUCUCUAAACGCGGCGAUCAUGAAGGAGAAAAGUAAGAACGCCGCCAGGUCGAGGAGAGAAAAGGAAAAUGCCGAAUUCCUCGAACUAGCCAAACUCCUCCCCUUACCAUCCGCAAUCACGUCACAGCUGGACAAAGCAUCCGUCAUCAGACUGACCACGAGCUACCUUAAAAUGAGACAGGUCUUUCCAGAUGGCUUAGGAGACGCGUGGGGAGCUGCACCACCGCCACCUCAACCGCGGGAGCUCUCAAUCCGAGAACUGGGCUCACAUCUGCUGCAGACGCUGGAUGGAUUCAUAUUCGUAGUGGCACCAGACGGCAAGAUUAUGUACAUUAGUGAAACCGCCUCAGUACACCUUGGUUUGAGUCAGGUGGAGUUAACUGGUAACUCUAUAUACGAAUACAUCCACCAAGCUGAUCACGAAGAGAUGAACGCAGUACUUAGUUUACAACAUGCCCAUUCAUAUAUUGGACCGCCUUCGAUCGGAUACCCGGUGGGAGGGACGUGGAGUCCGAACGUGGACAUCGAGUGCGAACGGGCCUUCUUCAUCCGUAUGAAAUGCGUGCUCGCGAAGAGAAACGCCGGCCUUACUACCUCUGGGUAUAAGGUCAUCCACUGUUCCGGUUACCUCCGAGCGAGGCGCUUCGGGGAGGGCACCGCUCCUCUGGGUCUGGUGGCGGUGGGUCACUCCCUCCCACCAUCCGCUGUCACGGAGCUUAAGUUACACUCCAACAUGUUCAUGUUCAGAGCUUCUUUGGACAUGAGACUCAUCUUCUUAGAUGCGAGAGUUGCAUCACUAACCGGAUACGAGCCUCAGGACUUGAUAGAAAAAACACUCUACCACUACAUACAUGGCACUGACGUUCUACACAUGCGUUACUCACAUUGCACAUUGUUAACGAAGGGGCAAGUCACGUCGCGUUACUACCGCUUCCUGACUAAGUCUGGCGGCUGGGUCUGGAUGCAGAGCUACGCGACCAUCGUCCACAACUCGCGGUCAUCACGACCACACUGUAUAGUGUCUGUCAACUACGUACUUAGUGAUAUAGAAGAGAAGAAUCUCAUAUUGAACAUCGAUCAGGGCCCGCCUAAACUGAACCACGUCGACGUACCACACGUCCCCUCCACUUCGCCCCAGAUGUCACACAGACACACAGACAAAAUAAACCACGUCAUAAACGAGAACGACUUCAGCACAGACUCCAGUGGCUACAACUACCCAGAAUACACUCUACCCGUCAUCCCGCCUUACGAGAACCACGAGGAAUACCAAAACGGUGGCUACCAAGAGUUAUUCUACGAAAAUUAUACGGAGCCGGAAGUCGUGCCUAACAAUUACGCGUACCCACAGAAUCAGAGGCCUUUCUCGGCAAGUUCGUCGUCCUGUAGCUCGAUCGAGAGUUCGGAAAUUAAUCAAUACAAUUACACGAAUUUAAUUUCAUUUUACGGUCAUAAUAGUCAAGGACAAAAUGGCCGACAGAUUGACGGGAAUUUUGGUGGCAACUUCGGCAAGAUGACUCCGAGUCCAUCGGUGCAAGAAGGCACGUAUACGAGCGUCAUAGUCGAUAACACACAACAGUUCCAUCAUGGCGGAGCCGUAAACGAAUUUGUACAUUGAAUAAUAUGAGUCCAACAGUACUGGAAUCUGGAUACAUAAAUAGAAGAAAAACAAAUUUAUAUUUGCAGACAGAUAACCAAACAGAUGCAAUCUAUUAUUAAGAAAAAUAUUACGUUUUACGUUAUAU